AUGGUGAUGACAGCUAGGCAAGCGUAUAUAACAGUUGGGGUCCUCUUUCUCAUCAAUCUUUUAAAUUACAUGGAUCGUUACACAUUAGCCGGUGUACUUCCGAUGAUUAAGAAGGCUUUCGGACUUGAUUUUGAAGUUGCUGGCCUGCUUCAGACUGUAUUCAUCGUUAGUUACAUGUCUUUGGCGCCAAUAUUCGGCUACUUAGGUGAUCGCUAUAACAGGAAAAUUAUAAUGGGUACUGGAAUACUUAUUUGGGCUGGGACAACAUUAGCUACUUCUUUUAAUGUAUGGUUAAUGCUGAUUAUUCGUGGAUGUGUCGGUAUUGGAGAAGCAAGCUAUUCUACUAUCGCACCCACUAUUAUUGCCGAUAUGUUUAGCGGUCAGCAAAGAACGAAAAUGCUAGCUUUUUUUUAUUUCGCCAUCCCGGUUGGAAGCGGAUUGGGCUAUGUUUCUGGUUCACAAAUCGCAGCAGCAACGAAAAGCUGGAGAUGGGCCUUUAGGAUAACUCCAGGGAUCGCAGUUGUAUUAUCAGGGUUUUGUUUCUUUGUAAUUACGGACCCUCCUAGAGGUCACUGCGAACAGGUGGCUCAAAAUACUGAAAAGUAUGAAGUUAAGGCCACAACUUGGAAAGCUGAUAUGAAAGCGUUACUUCGAAACAAAACGUAUGUUUGGACGACUAUUGGCUUCACGUGUGUUGCUUUUACUACCGGUGCGUUAGCGUUUUGGGCACCCACUUAUAUUACUUCAGCUGAGUUAGCUCAGGGAAUAACGUCUACCAGUAGUACUGGUUUGAUCUUUGGCGCAAUUACAUGUGCUGCUGGUAUUACUGGAGUUCUUAUCGGUGCAGAAUCUUCAAGAAGAUUUAGAAAUCGUAUACCAUAUGCUGAUGCUAUUAUAUGUGCAGUCGGUUUGCUAGCUUCUGCUCCAUUUGUAUAUGUUAGUUUAUUUUUGGCCGAAGUUAGUUUGCCUCUUGUGUGGGUACUGAUUUUUAUUGGUGAAGUUUUAAUUAACUUAAAUUGGACACCGAUAGCAGAUAUACUACUGUAUACUGUUCCCCCUGCAAGGCGGUCAACAGCGGAAGCAUUCCAAAUAUUAUUUUCCCAUUUAUUUGGGGACGCUGGAAGUCCAUAUCUAAUUGGUGCAAUUGCUGAUUCUAUCACAACCAAUAAAGAGCCAGCCUUUCAAGCUUUUGCGCUGAAGUACGCCUUAUCAAUCACAACUUUUGUAUGUGUACUUGGAGGAGCUGGAUUUUUGAUGGCUUCCUUUUCAUUAGAAAAAGACCGUAAGGAAGCUGAGUUUCAAACUGAGCAUAAUAUUAAAAAUCAGAUUGAAAACUAUGAUGAAAGUAUUCAUGACGACUUAUUGAUGAUGAUACCCCGUUAA